AUGUCUUCUGCGUCUCCGGCAUCUCCGGCGACCCAGUCUCAACCCCAGUCACUACCCCAGACCCGGUCCUUGACACAGCCGCAUGUUUACCCGCCCAUCAGCAAUGUGGGGACACCUGUCAGUUAUCACGGCAAUGGGAUGCAAACUGACCAAAAAUUUGAUCUCCUCGGUAUUUUGUCCGAAACACCUCCGGUCAAUUCCAUAUCAAGGGCCCCAGAGGACUGGACACUAGAUAUUGAAUUAAUGCACCACUAUUGCACUGUGACGUGCGACACACUAACUGUCCGUGAAGAUGCACGCUAUGUUUGGCGCGUCAUCAUGCCCAUUGAGGGCUACGCUAGCCCAUAUGUGAUGAAUGGUCUCUUGGCUAUCGGGGCUUUGCAUCGCGCAUACCUGGCGACAAAUUCUCAGCAAAAAGAGCGAUAUGUCAAGGCAUCGGCUUAUCAUAUUACGACGGGACUUCAAGCGUUCCGAGAGAUUAUCGCCUUGCCUCUUAAUUCCAAAAACUGGCAACCCGUCUUUUGUUUUGCAAGCAUGAUAAACGUUCAUUUGAUGGGGACUCCAAUCCGACUGGGUGUUACUCGAUGGCCGGCCCCGAUCUCAAAUGUGCUGGACUUGUUUGGAAAUGUCAAGGGACUCCAGGUCCUCAUGGCCCCAUUCAUACAUUCGGUCCGGAAAUCCCAAUUAGCUGCUCUAGUAAACUCGGUUUGGCUUGUAGAUCCGGAGAUUAUUCCUAGGUAUGCAUCCGAAUCAGUGUAUGAAUUAGGAAAGCUUGGCCGAAAUACUAACUUGCAUGUCUGUAUCAGUCCAGCACAGCUUUCUCAAUCUUUGCUACCUUUGGAUUUCUGGCCACAGGUUUCUCAAUUACGGGUAUUCAUUGAUAACUACCCAUUUGCACCCGUGGAAGCUCAACCUGGCCAGACAAAUGGUGAUUCUGGCACUGCGAGUGAUCCACCAGAUCGUCGAAAGGAGUAUAUCAUUGCUAUUGAAGCCCUCGAAAGAGCGGCUCGAUCCCUUGAGCUCGCAGGCACGCGUGUCGAAUGGGGCAUGAUGUUCCUCUUUGCGCAUCCCCUGACUAAAAUAUUCCAUGAUGACCUUCAAGCACAUGAACCUGCGGCUUUGGUUAUUUUGGCUUACUGGUGUGCUCUAAUUCAUCUCGUGGAUGAUAUUUGGGUAACAAAUGGUCUAAGCUGGCAAUUACUUCAAGAUGUUGAAAGCAAGAUUCGACCUGAGUUCCAGGAGUGGUUAACUUGGCCGAAACACUGGGUUUUUGAGCGGCGAGGGUAUUCUUUCUACAUGAACAAAGCUUGA